AUGGCGAUGAUGAUGACUGGCCGUGUGCUGCUGGUGUGUGCCCUCUGCGUGCUGUGGUGCGGUGUCUGGUUGUGUGAUGCGGCGGUGGUGGGAUCUGCUGCUGGGGGUGCUGGGGGUGAGAGUGCUGGUAAAGGUGCGGUGGAGACUACUGAAACUUCAGCGCCAGGACCAGACACAUCAGAUUCAUCAAUAGAUGAAUCCAAGGUUAAUCAAUCACCAGAAAAGUCUGCAGUAAAAUCUUUGGAAGUAAAAGAAGAUGCUGGCCAAGAGGAUGUUGUUGCUGGAGUGGGGGGUGAAACAAAUAAGAACACUUCAGGGCGUUUAGAAAAAACUGUGAUAAACGAUCCAGGAAAAGAAAUUACAGAACCGCCAUUACAAGACGUAGGACAAGAAGAAAUACAGCUGCCAAAAUCGCAAGUGAAUUUGCCACAGCAACCGCAGCCACCACUGCAACAGUUACAACCGCAGCCGCAGCCGCAGCCACACACUCCUGCUUCAGAAGAGGGUAAAGGUGUUGGCGAGAACAGUAAGGGUGGAACAGGUCAGCCACCAUUGGGAGUACAAGAUAAAGGAAACGAGGAUUCAAAAGCCCUCAUGAAAGAAGACUCGUUAAAGAGUCCAGGUGAGGAAUCAGAAAACAGUGAACAGUUCCAAACGACAGUGCCAAACACAGUAACGGCGGAGCACAAAACCCAAAAUGGAAUGUUAACUCCGGAACAAAAGACGAAUGGAAGCCAAAGCACGGAUACAUCCACGAACCUACCCGAAACACAAAAGGAAAAUAAAGAAUAUCCUGCCUCCACGGAAGGUACGGCGCAGAGUACAUCAACUGGCAGUCAAGAACAAGAAUCUGAGCCAUCUACAAGCGAAGAGCCUUCCCCUUUUGAGGAGGAACAAUCCAUAGGGACGAACACAACUGAGGAUGCUCGAACACCGGAUGCUGCGACGACAGAAAAACGCCAAACCGGCGAUAAUGAAAAGGUUGGCGACAGUGACGGCAGCACCGCGGUCUCCCACACCACCUCCCCUCUUUUGCUUCUUCUUGUUGUUGCGUGUGCGGCUGCUGCUGCGGUGGUGGCCGCGUGA